AGAAUGCACAUAUCCAACUUGAGAGCGUUGACGUUCUACAGCAACGCGGUGACGACCUCGCGGCGUACACGGCCCAUUCAGCAGAUGAAAUGCCGUGGCAAACCCUGCGGCAGCUAUCAGCCGGACGUUAUCUCUUGUCAGGCAAUUGGCAGCAGUGGUGGCGUUGGGCCCGAAUGGACAUGCCAAGCAGACAUGCCUUCGUCAAUUCGCCUUGGACGCGUGCAAGUCAGCUGCGAGGGCUGGGAUAACCCGCAGGAUGCGUACAUCCUUAAGGGUAAGUGG